AUGACUUCCUCGAAGACUUACGCUGUUCUGGGCUCCACGGGAAAUUGUGGCAGGGCUCUCAUUCAGAAUAUCCUGGACAGCAAGCCCGACGCACGCAUCCAUGCAUACUGUCGUAAUCGCACGAAACUUCUGCGGUUGCUGCCGGACAUCAAAGAAGGCGGCAAAGUGAAAGUAUUUGAAGGAAGCAUUGAGAACAUUGAGCUUAUGAACUCGUGCUUGCACGGCUGCCACACAGUGUUUUUGGUUGUUUCAACCAACGACAAUAUCCCGGGAUAUCAUGUAGCACAAGAUACGGCUACGGCUGUGAUCAAGUCGCUUCGGAAUACCAAGCGAGAUGAGAAUACCGCACAAGCCCCUAGGCUCGUUCUGCUCUCGUCAGCUACUAUUGACGACCAUUUCUCCCGUCACGUCCCGUACCUGCUGCGCCUAAUCCUCCUCCGUUCAGCGUCACACGUCUAUAACGACCUGAUCGAAACUGAAAAACUACUUCGCGCAGAAGAAGACUGGCUGACUACCAUUUUCAUCAAGCCGGGGGCGCUGUCAGUGGAUAUACAGAGAGGCCAUGCGCUCAGUUUGACCGACGAGGAAAGCCCUGUGUCCUACCUGGACCUAGCAGCUGCAAUGAUCGAGGCAGCGGACGACGAGAAUGGGAUUUAUGAUAUGAGGAACGUGAGCGUGGUUAAUACGAAUGGAGCAGCGAAGUUUCCGACUGGCACGCCUAUGUGUAUCGCCAUGGGGCUGUUGAGACAUUAUUUUCCGUUUUUGCACUCUUAUCUACCUCUGAACACGGGGCCGGGCUGA